AUGAUAUUACAGCAGCAAUAUCGUGAAAAGGGUUUUAAAAAAUACUCUGAAUUAAUCUCAUGCCUUCUGGUGGCUGAGCAGCAUAAUGACCUUUUGAUGAAAAAUCAUGAAGCCCGUCCCACUGGAAGUGCUCCAUUACCGGAGGCCCAUGGGGUAGAAGCACACGGCCAGUCUGAAAUAAGACAAAAUAAUCAGGGCCAUGAUUAUGUGCGUGGACGUGGCAAAGGCAAAAGACGAUAUAAUAAUCGUCGAGGUGGUAAUCAUAACAAAAGGGAGAACAAUAUGAGUUCUCAAAAUAAUCCUUUAAAAGGCAAGGGCGAUCACUAUCAUCGUUGUGGCCUUAAAGGGAAUAAAUGUGGUGCCUCCUCUUCUAAUGCCCGAGUAGAGUCACAUUUGACUCUCAAAGAUGAUGCUCAGACAGGGUCUUCUAAAAAAUAUGAUGAGAAUGUUGAGGCGAAUUUAGCAUUGAAAGAUGACGCUUUUGAUGUGCUCGAUGAUAUUACUCAUCUAGAAGCUGAGGACUUCUUCGGGGAUCGCAACUGA